AUGGGUUUACUCUUGCAAAAAAAUCACCUUUUCCGUCUCAGAUGUGAACAGAUUCGGCAAAAUGAUGAGGAGAAAACAAUCUUCACAGUCCUUAUGGACCAUUUCAACACUGAGGAAUUCACACUCUUUGCUGCAGCGCUCCGUGUCAAUAACACUAUUCGACAGUUCCAACUGUGUCUUAUGAGUGCUUCGCAACCACCAGAUCAAAUUCAAGUAUUGGGAAACAUCUUUCAGACCAGCACUGCCAUAAAGAGACUGAUUCUGAUUGAUCCUUACAAUCACCAACUCCAAGCCUUGUGGCAAGGUGUUCUUUCCGGUCAAUCGCUGGAUGAUGUUGCCUUGAAUUUGCAUCCACCGGCUUCUGUUGCUGGUUUUAUGGAGGCAUGGACCGAAUCAUCAACCAUCAAGAGUUUCACGUUUCAGGAGUGUCACUUCCAAAAGGACAAUGUGGAUGCUCUCUGCACUCAUCUCAUAGGAUCAAGGCGCAAUGGCGCACGGUUUGUCUUUCAUCACUGUAUUUUCACCGUGGAUGACAAACGCUGCAUUGCGCAGGCUCUAGCCCAAAGCACCGCUCAUAUAAUGUUUUCAUUUUGUGACAAAGAUGGGUUGGACAAGGAGACGGCUACAAUGUUUGGACAAGCUGUUGCCACAAACAAAAAGCUGCAGGGAGUGGCAUUUUAUGAAUUGGAUAAUGACAAUUUGCACAUCAUCACACAGGCAAUUGAGCAGAAUCACUAUUUGACACGUGCUUCCAUUUCGGGAAAGAGAGUGAGAUUCGAGAGAGAAACUGAAUUUGUGGAGAUGUGCAAGAAAAAGGUGGCCCAGUCUAUUGAACUCAACAAGGCAGGCCGCCAGUUUCUGCAGGAGUCCAUUCAACGGCCUGGUGGUGCAAGUAUUGAAGCAUUCUGGUUAUCCUCCUUGACCAAGAAUAUCAAUAAACACUCUCUUAUAUAUUCUUGGAUUCGCAACUAUCCUGAUGUUUUUGUUCGGGUGGCUGGUCUUGCCAAGGAAGUGGAAUCCAAGGGAAAGAGAAAGGCUGAUAUCAAGGGCAAGUUGAAGGCUAAGAAGCCCAGGACCAUGGGAUAA